UGUAAUGUUACGGUUACGGGACGGCAAGUCGAUCUCGGAGCAUAGUCUCACACUCUCAAGGGAACAAGGGUUGUAGGAAGCAGGAACAUUAUGGGAUCUGAAGGAGGAAAAUGGCUGUCCCUUCCCUUCUUGAUUGCUUUCAUUGCUGCAACUCUUUAUCUUCUUCAAACUCUAAUCUCCCCGAGGUUGAUGCUGGGUCAUGAAGUUGUCAAGAUCAAGCGGAAGCCAGACCUUCCUCUUAGAUUCGGUUCCGAUGGCACAUUCAAGAUACUCCAGGUGGCCGAUAUGCAUUACGCGAAAGGGAAAAUGACCAGAUGCAGAGACGUCUUGCCAUCGGAGUUCGAGUACUGUUCCGACCUCAAUACGACUCGUUUCAUUCGGAGGAUGAUCGAGGUUGAAAAACCCGAUUUUCUGGUUUUUACUGGGGAUAAUAUAUUUGGUCCAAGCACUGCUGAUGCUGCUGAAUCUCUGCUUGGAGCAUUUGGUCCCGCAAUAGAGUCUAGACUUCCUUGGGCAGCAAUUUUGGGCAACCACGACCAAGAAUCUACCAUGACCCGGGAAGAAUUGAUGUCCUUCAUUUCCCUCAUGGAUUAUUCAGUCUCUCAGAUUAAUCCACCAGGAAUUGCGACAGAAAACAUUGAUGGGUAUGGGAAUUACAACCUUCAGGUACAUGGUGCUUUUGGUUCUGAUUUGGCCAACACCAGUGUCCUAGAUCUCUUUUUUCUGGACAGUGGAGACAGGGCUACUUUAAAUGGCAUUCGAGGUUAUGGAUGGAUCAAAGAAUCUCAGCUUCAUUGGCUUCGUAGCAUUUAUGAAGUCUUUCAGCAGGGCAACAAGUAUGACCAAAACGGACUGAAUAGCAUUGCAUCACCAACAAAAGCUGCCCAGCCCCAUUCUCCAGCCCUGACAUUCUUCCACAUUCCAAUCCCAGAAGUGCGGCAGCUCUGGUUUAAAGACAUUGUGGGUCAAUUUCAAGAGGCAGUUGCUUGUUCUGUUGUUAACUCUGGGGUCCUACAGACCCUUUCUGCCAUGGGAAAUGUGAAGGCUGUUUUCAUGGGUCAUGAUCAUAACAAUGACUUCUGUGGGGAGCUAGAAGGUAUAUGGUUCUGCUACGGUGGAGGCUUUGGAUACCAUGCUUAUGGUAAAGCUGGUUGGCCACGACGAUCAAGAGUCGUAUUGGUCGAGCUAGCAAAGGGGUUGAGAUCCUGGAUGGGAGUGGAGAGGAUCAAGACGUGGAAGCGUCUUGAUGAUGAGAACCUGAGCAGGAUCGAUGAACAGGUUUUGUGGGACCAAAGGUUAUUAAAAUGAAUGAAAUCACAUUUAAGGUGUAUGUGUAUUGGCAGCCACACACAUCUAACCGUGUUAUUAUUGUGCUAAACGGUUGUUUCAUGUGUAGGUGUAUCUCUUGACAUGACAACAAUGCCCUUGCUUGCUAGGUUUUGAACUUGUUCAUUGUUUGUUUCUGGUGAGAUCCUGGCUUUUUUAUGCCAUAGGACCGGCUUGAAGAUGCAUUGAAUAUA